GUUGAGCCGCCCGGACCUGCUGCGGCUGGAAUGGAGACUGAGGUGUCAGAGGCGGGCAACCCCUAUUCAGCAGAAGGCGACAGCCUGCUGCUGGACCCGGACCUGUACGAUGCCGACACCUACGAUAUUCCGGAUCCAGGGCUGCUCAAGGAAAAGAAUGAGCUGUUUGCGGAGCCCAUCCCACGGCUUUUCACCAGCAGCUCGUGGUGGCAGAACCAGACUCCACGUGCUCGUGCCCGCCAGCUGUGGCUGCUUCUCCGUGGGGGCCUCCAUGACUUCGUGGAAAAGGAGAAGAGAAGUGAGCUGUGUGUGGCGCGUUUGACCCACGGGCUGGAGCUGCUGCGCCAUCUGAGAGUGGCAGCUGGGCCGUGCUCGGUGGCACAGGACCCCGCGGGCGGACGCUUCGUGGUGCUGGACGGUGCAGGCCACCUGCACGUGCACAGGGAGGACGGCUGGGCUGACAAGAAGCUACGGGCCCCGGCCAUGCUCACGGGACUGGUGGCAAUGCAGGGCCCACGGGACACCACGAGCCGCUUUGUGGGUUGGGGCCCCGAGGGGCUGGCCAUCCUAAGGCCUGACCUCAGCCUGCUGUGGCUGAGUGAGCCAGGGGUGGGCAGGGGACCGGGUCACGAGCCCAUCUGUGGUCUACCAGUGCCCAGCCUGGGGCUGCUGCUAGUGGCAGAGGCAGGUAGCAGCCUGGUGCUCUGGGAGUUCCGUUUGGGGGGUCGCCGCCUGGUGCCGCGUGGGUCACCUCUGCAGCUGCCAUCAAGUCCUGCAGGGACAGUCACCCGUUUGGUUCUGGGACCCCCACAUUCCCACCAAGUCCCAUGCUGCUUCGCGGCCUACGGCUCAGCCGUGCUCACCUUCGAUCUGCACACCUGGGCUCUCGUAGACGUGCGCCAGGACCUGCACAAAACCACUAUCUGGGAUGUGGCCUACUGCCUAGAGGUGGGAGCAGUGGUGACAGCCUCUCAAGACAGCACAGUGAAGGUGUGGGAGGCGGACUGGCAGAUCCGGAUGGUGUUCAUGGGCCACACAGGCCCAGUGACCGCUCUGGCAGUGCUCCCGAACACGUCCCGGGUGCUGUCGGCCUCGCGGGAUGGGACGCUGCGCACAUGGGACCUGCAGACGGCGGCACAGGUGGACGAGGUGGCGCUGGGCCGGGGCGCCGCGUGUGGGCUCGUGACCCGCCUGCUGGCGCCCGCUGGCCCCGGCUGGCCGGUGCUCUCCGUGAGCACCGGCGGCGUGGACCUGUGGCGCCUCCGCGAGCUCUACUCGCCGUUGGCGCAGCUGUCCGCGCCGGUGCUUCACCUGCAGCUGGUGCCCGCGCUGCCCGCGUCCGCGCACCCGCUCCUGCCGGCGCGCCUCGUGUGCGCCUGCGCCGACGGCUCGGUCUACCUGGUGGCGGCGGCGACCGGGCGCACGGUGAGCGCGCUGCUGCUGGAGCCCGACGACCGCGCGGCCUCCGUGCUCUACUGCCUCCCGCGCGAGGCGCUGUGGCUGCUGACGCGCGCCGGCCACCUGGUGUGCGCGGACGCGGCGCGCUGCCCCAUGCGCGUGCUGCGGCGCGUGUGCCCGCCCGCCGCCCCCGCGCGCAGGCCCUGCUGCCUGCACCUCUACAGCCACCUCACGGACCCCGGCGGCGCGCGGGCCAGCUGGCAGGCGGUGUGCCGGCGUGCGGGGGAGCCGGGCCGCCGCGACGCCCCGCGGGCCUGGAAGGACAAGAACCGGUGGGUGCCCGGGCGCGUGCGCCGGGGCGGGGCGGGGCGGGGCGGCGGCGCCCGCGCCGACGGGGAUGUCCUGCGCAGGUACCUACCCGUGCUGGGGCACACGGAUGGCACCCUGUCCGUCCUGGAGUGGCACAGCUCGAAGACCGUCUUCCAGACCGAGGCGCACAGCCCGGGCCCCGUCACUGCCAUCGCGUCUACCUGGAACAGCGUCGUGUCCUCCGGCGGAGAUCUGACCGUGAAGAUGUGGCGCGUCUACCCCUACGCCGAGGAGAGCCUGAGCCUGCUGCGCACCUUCUCCUGCUGCCACCCCGCCGUGGGGCUCUGCGCGCUCGGCCGGCGCAUCACGGUGGCCUUUGAGGACCCCGACAGCGCCACCUACGGCUUGGUGCAGUUUGGCCUGGGCGACAGUCCCCGCUCUGAUCACCGGCCCCAGGAUGACCCUACGGACCACAUCACCGGCCUGUGCUGCUGUCCCUCGCUUCGGCUGUACGCCUGCUCCAGCCUGGACUGCUCCGUGCGCAUCUGGACGGCGGAGAACCGCCUGCUGCGGCUCCUGCAGCUGAAUGGCCCCCCUCAGGGCCUGACCUUCAGCAGUGAUAGCGGGGACCUGGUGUUGGCUCUGGGCUCCCAGCUCUGCCUGGUGUCUCACAGGCUUUACCUGCCCACAUCGUACCUGGUUAAGAGCCUGUGCCAGAAGGUCCCUGAUGUGGUGCCUGACCCUCCACUGCCACUGACCAGCCAGGAGUCGCUGACCUCCACCCAGCUGCAGAGGCUCGCCAACCUCCAGGGGAUGCCCGGUCUUAGCCUGGACUCAUCUUCCGUCCAUCGCCAGACAGCGACACCUCCGCGGCCAGUGUUGGAGGAGGACUUGGAAGCCCUCGCUGCCCGGGACCGAGACCUGCAGCAGCUGAGGCUGGGCCUAGGGGUCCCCGCAGCCCCCCACCCACCCUCCUGGCAACAGCGGCAGGAGGCCUUCGACAACUACUUGCGCCUGAUCUAUGGCCGCGGCUUGCUGGACGUGCCUUCUGGAAGAGAGUUCCGGCAGUGGAGCACCACGACCCUCACUGUGGAGAGAGAGACCUGGGACGUGUGCACUGUACGCAGAGUGGCCAGCGGUCUUUGGCAGCCGGGGGUCUGCGCUGAAGGCCCGACGGCGCCCACAGCCCUCGCCCGACAGGAGCCGGGAGCCAUGGGCCGGCACUUUGCCCAUCGUCGCCGAGUCCCCUUACCUACCCCAGCCACACACCGGGGCGUGCACAGCAGGGCAUCCCAGCUGCUGGCCCGCUCCUCGCUGAGCAGUAACCUGGGCCUCAGUCUGGACCUGCAGCUACAGUGGGAACUACUCCGAGGGAAGAAGCCUGUAGUCCCCGACUCACCACCCCUCCACCUACAGCACAGGGUCCCCCUCUUGAAGAAGAGGCGGCCCAAUGAGCCUCUUUCCAAUCUCCGAGGCUUCUUUCCUGCCACCAUUCGGCCCUACAAGGACUUGCAGCGGCCCAUCGGCUUCCCUGGCAGCGUGCCCAACUCGGUUGUGCUGUGCCAGCUGUGGCUUCAGCAGGAGGUCAGCAGCCCCGGCGCCCUCGCCCAGCUCACCGGCCACCGCAGGCCCAAGCCAGGAAGGCACCAGGACGACCUAUGGCAGCUGUGGCGCAUCAGGCAACCAGGUGCCAAGGGGCAGCAGGACCUGACCCAGUGGCUGGGGGAAGAGGAGCAGGAGGGGCGCUCCCUGGACUGGCUGUCAGACUCCCUGAGCCCACACGGGGAGCUCUCUGAGUCCGAGGAGACGGAGGCUCAGAGCUUGGAGUACUUGACCCCGAAGCGCACGCACUCUCGAACCCGCACCGCGGAGGGGCCCGAGACCGGCCUUCGCCAGCCUUUGCACUCCUAUGGGCACGCGCUCUGGGAAGAGCGCUCCGGGUAUCUGCCCAGGCUCCUGCAUUUCUUCGUCGGCCAGAACUGGUUCAAAGAGCUCUUCCCCGUCUUCACCUUGGAGGCCUACCCCGAGGUGGGCACGGCGGAGGGCCUGGCCUCAAUGUUCAUGGACGGGCUGUUCGAGGCCUCUUGGACGGACCGCGUGCACGUCUUGAGGGCGCUGCUGAGGCUGCUGCCCUACCUGAGCAGAGACCUCCAUAACCGGCUGCAGGGCCUCCUGGUGGGCCUGCUCAACCUGGACCAGCCCCCCAGCCUCGAGGACCCGACGCAGAAGGAGUUCGUGAUGCUGGCGCUGCAGCUGCUGCUGGCCUGCUCCCUGGAGUCGCGCGAGGUGGUGCUGGAGCUUCUGUCCUACUUCCUCUACUCGCCAGCCUCCUGCCGGCCCGAGCUCAGGAAGCUGCUGGACGGGCUAGGCCUUCAGGACCCGCAGGGCUUCCUGUUCAAGGAGAUGAUGACCUGGGUGCGGGGCCCAGAUGCCGACUCCAAGGCUGCCCUGCGCAAGCACUGCUGCCACAAGCUGGAGGAGAUGAUCCGAAGGCUGCAGAUGCAACGCUUGCAGCCUUCCACGGCCAAUUUGUCAGAGAUGCUGCCGAAGGUGUCCCAGACUGCGGUGUUUCUGCCUCCUCCCAAGGAGGCCCUGGCACAGAUCUCGGGGCUCGCUGGGUCAGCUCCCGUUUCGGGGACAGCCCCGGUCCGUUCCUGGGUGUCCUCUCUGGUGGUCUCGCCCCGGGAGCUGGACUCUGCGGUCGUCCAGUCCCGAGCCAAGCUGAUGCCUUCGCCAAGGCGCCUGGGGCGGACCAAACGCGGGCUCUCGGAGGCGCUGUCCCACUUCUGGCCCCCCGAGAUCUGUGCAUGCACCUCAGCACCCGACGUGCUGCCGGAAGAGCUGCCACCACUGGAGCAGACAGACUGGUCCCGGUCACAGACGCUGGACCUGGGGACCAUCGACGCGCUCAACUUCUUCUGCAAGCAGCUGCAGGCACAGGCUCGGCUGCAGGGUCUCCCGCAGGAGCAGCUCGAGAGGCUGCGCCCGAGCCCAUGCCCCCUGGAGUACAACACAGUACUGCCACAGCCCCGGGAAUGCUGGCACUAUCCCGUCCUCCGGCUUCGGGAGGCCACGGUCCAGAAGUCUCCAGUGAGACUGAGGGGCUGGAAGCGGUCCCGGUUCUGGAUGAGCCGUACUGUCAGCGGCUCCAUCCGGAUGCUGAAGCUGCCCCUGCCGAGGGCAGAAGUCCAGCCUUUCCCCCCAGACUGGCCCAGGCCCGCCCGGCCGCUGCCCCCGCUGCUCCUCCAGCCGGCCUUGCAGCGCUACUUCCUGCCAGAAGAUACGGACCCCGACAGCUACAGCUGACCAGGCUGCAGGCCCAGGCUCUUCCCUCCCGCACGGAGCCAAGAUGUGGCCCUCCAGCCAGUUGCUCUCCCCUGGAAAUAAAGUCCAGAGGUUGUGGCCAGA